GACAUAUAUGUACACAACUGUCGACCAAACGCCGAACUUGGAUCCGGAUUUCAACCAAAGUGACUUCAAAGCGCCUAUGGCUGGAUUUGGAUACGGACUUCCAAUCUCAAGAUUGUAUGCGAGAUAUUUCGGAGGUGACUUGAAGCUCAUCUCCAUGGAGGGCUAUGGCACGGAUGUAUACCUGCACCUGAACAGAUUGAGUUCAAGUUCGGAACCCUUGCAGUGACAACGACCAGUCAUGAGGGAUGAGUGGAAGGGAAACAUGGCGCAGGAUUCGCGCUCAUCUCAGGGAUUGGCGCGCGGCGGAAGCCAGGUCGGAUCAUAUGUAGGAGGCGACCGCAUCGCAGGGUUGACGCUCGGUGCAAGAGCAAGCAAAAAGUUGAAGAGCAACAGUUCAAUGCUGGAUCUCAGCAAUCGAGCGAUAUCUGCUAGAAGGCAGGUGGGUGAUGCAGAGAGUGUAAUCAAUCGUCCGGAUUCUGGCGAGAAGCCGUGGUGGAAAAACGUGGGUAUGGAGGAAGGGAUGUAGGACAUGCACUCUUUGACCAGAGGAAGCACAAAGACUAACAGCAUGAAAGUGCACUGGGUGGCGUUGUGGUGUACAAGAGGGGAAGGAAUUCUUGGGAUAUUUCUUGAAGCGUUCAUUGAUGUGCCGGGCAUGGCGCGAUACUGUUUGACGGACACAGCUAGCUGUACAGAUGGAUGUCUGUGGCAUGGAAUGGUCAGAAAGACUUGGAAGAAGUGCUUCAAUUAACCGCCUCGCUUCACAUU